CUCUCUUCUUUUUCUUCGAUAAAAGAAGUGAGUUCGAGAAUAUCGAAAUAACGAAAAAAAGGAUUUCAAUGAGCUGUGUGUUUCUCACUCAUUGUGAGAAAGUAGAUAGAGGAAGAUAGAUAAGAAUGACAAGGAUACGAGUAGUUCGAUCGUGAAAGUGAAAUUCGAUAGAGUUUCCAAGUGAAAUCAAAGCUACGCGAUGUUAACGAAGGAAAAACGUUUUAUUUGAAAAAGGAUAUGCUCGAGAUACUGAUGAUCAUUUCUUGAAACAGUGCAUGCAGGAUUUCAACUGAUAAUGGCUCUAUUGUCCAACCAUCAUAGCGAUUAUCAAUCCUGCUCCUCGGACAUGUUAACGUCCUCUUACUCGACCUCAACUGGGAGGACUUAUGAUCCUCUUUAUCCUUCGCCAUACAAUUCGCCAAAUUGCGAACACGUUAAGACUAUGUACGGGGAGAAUUACGUGUACAAAGGUGAAUUAACGCCACGAAGAGAACUUGAGAAUCUUGAUUAUGCGAAAAACUUGGAAGCAGAGUAUUCGAGAACACCAGAGGGAUACGAAAGAGGACCUUGUGGUGUUUUGACACCCGUUACGCCACAACGAUACGAGAGUCAACAUCGAAUGAAUCAUGGAAUGUCACCUAGGACGACCUUGUACGAGGACAAUUCAAUGGAAUAUCAUCCGACGGCUUACUGCUAUGAGAAUCUCGCACAGAAACCUAAGUAUCAAUCUAUGGAGAGUGACAAGACAGUUUGUACGAUCGUCGAGUCGCGGAGAAAUUGUUGGGACGCGAUAUCUUCGACCGUUCAGAAAAAUCAAUCAUCUCCUACGACACAGCCAAGAAGAGGAAGACGACGUUCGAGCGACGUACCCCCAUCGCCAAGUGUUCUCAAACGACGUAGAUUAGCUGCGAACGCACGCGAAAGACGUCGCAUGAAUGGUUUGAACGACGCCUUUGACAAAUUGCGUGAGGUUGUACCAAGUUUAGGCGCCGAUCAUAAGCUCAGCAAAUUCGAAACUCUACAAAUGGCUCAAACUUACAUUGCUGCACUUUGUGAAUUACUCGAGAAACACGAUGGAAAAAGAUAAAAAGGUGAGCUCGAUCGAAAAUUUAUAUUUGUUUAUCUGAAAAAAUCCUAUCAAUUAUUUUCGAUAAACCCCGAAUUAAUAUUGUUAUUAAUUGAAAUUUAUUCUCGAGUUAAGAAUAUGCGUGUAUAUAUAUAUACCUUGUAUAUAUGUAUAUAUAUAUACAAGGUGUAUCGAAAAUCGUAGUAUAAGACGAAAGAAGUUUAUUCACCGUGCAAAAGUAAGUCGCAAACGUAGAAUGAUAAUUUUUGA